CGGAACGGAGCGCAACGGAACGGACCAGGCGAGACCCAACCAGACCAGGCAUCGAUGUCGAUGUCGAGCUUUGUAAGACUGAUAUUUCCUCUCGCCGCACCACGAUUUGAAUUCGAGUUAUUGUUGUUGCUGUUGCUGUUGCCUGAGUUCACGUACCGCUCGGCUCGGUUCACGCUGCGUAUCGGAUCGGUUCGGAUCGGCGACUAUAUAAAGUGCAGGGCAACACCACUGUUUGGCAGUCACUGCUAGCUCUCAGGCAACUAAGCUGCCAUCAAGGAUACACAUACACCACCAGAUCAAGGAUACCCCCUACUCAACCCACCCACAACAAAUAAGGGAAACACUCGUGUGCUCUCGUGCUCCCUGAAAAGACUUCAUUUGCAACUGUCAAUUUUAUAUGUAUAUUAAAUUUCAUUCAUCGUUUAUGCAGCGCGUGUGUGUGUCGGCUGUGUGGUGUCUGCUUACUUUACUGUUUAACAAAGCAGAGUAAAAACCAAACAGAAACAAAUAUAAAUAAAGCUCCAACUGCGGAAUAAAUAAACAAAACCGUCGCAAAAAAGCGCGCGCCAGGCAAAAAGAACAGAGCAAAACGCUGAAACAAGGGAAAAUUUCGCUAUAAAUUUCCCCAUUUCCACAACUACAACAACAAAAACAAAAAAAUCAAGCGAAAUUAUCGUUAUUUUGCAAUAAACAAAAUCAUAAAAGCAAAACAAAUCCCAGACCUUGCACCAGACCCCGCGAACCUCGUGAACAUCAUGGAGGUCCAGAACAUGCCCGAUCAAUCGUUGAUGCAGAGCAACAUGCUCGAUUCCAGAUGUGGGCUGAACGACUUGUAUCCCAUCGCUCGUCUGACACAGAAAAUGGAGGACGUGCUUAAUGUGUCUGGGAAGGCGGCGUCGACGACCACCACCACAGCCACCACCCCAUCUGCGCCCGUCGACAAGGACAAGGACAAGGACUGCCCCUAUACCAUAGAGCUGGUGCAGCCCGAAGACGCCGAUGCUGUGAUCGCCAUGCUCAAGACGUUUUUCUUCAAGGACGAGCCGCUGAAUACUUUUCUAGAUCUCGGGGAGUGCAAGGAGCUGGAGAACUACUCGUUGAAGCCCUUAACCGAUAACUGCUCCUACAAGGCAGUUAACAAAAGGGGCGACAUCAUUGGUAUAUUCCUGAACGGCUUGAUGCGACGCCCGUCUCCGGACGACGUACCUGAAAAGGCAGCCGAUUCGUGUGAUCAUCCCAAAUUUAAGAAGAUCCUCUCCCUAAUGGAUCACGUUGAGGAGAAAUUUAAUAUAUUCGACCACUAUCCCAACGAGGAGCUGAUUCUGGAUGGUAAAAUUCUGUCCGUGGACACCAACUACCGCGGCCUGGGCAUUGCCGGGCGUCUGACGGAGCGGGCGUACGAGUACAUGCGGGAGAAUGGGAUUAACGUUUACCAUGUGCUCUGCUCGAGCCACUACUCGGCCCGGGUAAUGGAGAAGUUGGGCUUCCACGAGGUGUUCAGCAUGCAGUUCUCCGAGUACCAGCCAGAUGGAAAGGUUGUCUUCAAGCCGGCCCAUCCGCAUGUCGGAAUGCGGAUAAUGGCCAAGGAGCUGGAGCUGGAUCUGGACGGCAAACAGGCUGCGCCAAUAACAAAGCUGUAGAUAUGACCAGCAGUUGGACCGGACUGGUACUGGUCCUCCCUCGUCGCAGUUCGGAUUUUGUACUAUGUGAUUCUUUAGUUUGUAGUUCGGUGGCGGGUUCCAGGUAGUGCCAUCUCAAGUGUCUCUACUGUCCGAUUCAAAAUAGCAUAGACAAACAGUACAAGUUACGUAUUUAUAUAAUUUAAUUCACCCGUCGAUAAACUUAAGUGUUUUUGUGUGUUUAGAACGAGCUCAAAAUAAAACAUUGACUUUUAGCUGAAUAGAU